AUGCAGCCCCGCUCGUUCCGCGGGGACGCGGCGGGCGAGAGUCCCGGGGGUGCGGGCACGGGGUCCGGGUCCCGCUCUACGCACGGUGGCCUUGGGGGUACCGGGGCUGAGGGGGCUCCGCAUCCCCGCGGGGCCGGGCCGGGAGCGCCCCGGGGGCGCCGCGCUCGCAGCGCCGCUCCGGGCCCGCCAGGGGGCGCCCCGCGGGGCGGCGGCGCGGAGGGAGCAGCGGGGCCUGAGGGGUCCAGGGGCCGGCUCGGGCGGUCCCCGCGCCGCGCCCGAUUCCAGCCGCGAUCCAGCGCCUGCUCCGGGAAUGCGCCGCCCUCCUGCCGGGCCCGGCACCGGCACAGCCCGGGCUCCCCACGGCAGCAGCGGGACCUGCCCGGAGCCGCAGCGAGAGCAGCCCCGCAGCUGCCGCGGUGCAAGCGGGAGCGACGGCACCGAGCUCGGUCCGUGCCUGUCCCGGAGCGGCUCUUCCCACCCACGGCGAUCCCGGUCCCGCUCCCAGCCCCAAUCCCGCCUCGGUUCUGCGGCCCCGCGACGGAGAAGCGGCUCAGCCCGGGACCCCCAGCAGACACCGGCAGGACCCGGACCCGAAUCCCCAGGCCUGGGUCCCAUUCCCGGCCCCACCUCAGCGCCUCGAGCCCCACGGAGCACCGGGAGCAGCCUCCGGUCCGGGGCUCCGCAUGGCGCUCCAGCGACGGCCCCGCCGCAUCCCGCGAUGAGCAUCCACCGCCCAAAGCGGAGCGGGCGCGGAUCCGCCGGGAUUUACGGGCGCGGACGGGGCGGGGCCGGCUCAGGUCCGCGGGGCUCAGGGCGCUGCACAAUAAAGCCCAGAGGGCCGGAGCGGCGCCCCCGCUGUCCCUGGAGCCCCCACACGGGGCCGGACCCGCUCGGCGGGACCCCCCAUUGCAGUGCAAUGCACGGCCCGACAGCGCCGGGCCCCGGCACCGCCCCUCAGCCCCGGGACCGCCCCUCAGCCCCGGGACCGCCCCUGAGCCCGGGAUCGCCCCUGAGCCCCGGGGCCCCGCCCUGCCCGCGAUGGCGGCGGUACCGUCGCUGCUGGCCCCUCCCCUCUCACCUGGGCCGGGCCGGGGCUGCGAGCGGCACCGGGACCGGGGCCUCGGCUCCGGGUCCCGCCGGUGUCUCUGGGGCUCCGGGCGGUGCCGCCUCUCCCCCGCCGGGCGGGCUGCGGGUCCCGGCCUCGCAGCACUGAGGGCGCUUGGGGCCGCCGCCGGCACCGGCAGGAGCCGCUCCGGGACGGGCGCUGGGGCCGGGCCCGGUUGGUCCCGGGAUGCCGCGCUCAGCCCGACGCGCCGGGCCGGCCCCGCUCGGAGCCCCGAACCCCUCCCGGCCGCCCGCGCCGAGCCCCGAACGCGGCCCCGGGGCUCCGCCGCCAGCCCCGCCCGCGGCGCUCGGCCCCUGCCCCGGAGCUCCGCCGCGGCCGCGGCAGCCCGGCUUUGGGCCGUGCCCGGGGCUCGGAGCCCGGAGACACGGACUGGCCCUGGCCGAAAGAGCCGCCCGGAGCACCAAAACGCGGCCUUUGGCCUUUCGCUCGAGCCCCCGAAAUGCAGCACUUCAAUCUCUCUUGGACGCCGCUCCCCGCGGCUCCCGCGGUGCGGCGCCGUCCCGGGCUGCAGUUCCGGCGCUGCCCACGGGGCGGCAGCACCGGGCGCUCCCGGGGCGGCCGCGCCUCUGACCCGCCCGGAGCCGGCGGGGCCGCGAACGCCGCGGGCAGAACCCCCCGAUCCCCUGUGCCACCCUCCAGGGCACAGGAUCGCGGCGUUCCUGAGCCAAAAGGGACCCGCGGGGAGCAUCGAGACAAAUCCUGGCCCCGCACAGGACCCCAAGGAUUCCUCGCUGUGCCCAGGAGCCUUGUCCGGAGCCCGGCUCUUCCCCCAGGAUCCUGAAAACACAGCGGGGCUGGGACAAGGAUGA